AUGUACAGAGCCAGCCAGUUUAUCAAAAGCAUGACCACCUCCAAGGGAAAAGAGGUCACCAUCGCAUACGUCAGCAAAACAGACACAUGGGAGCGACCAUUCCUUCCUGAGGCUACCAAGAACGAGUUCGCCGAAGUUGCCGAAAACUACAAAGACACGUUGAAGCCCGAAACAGUAAAGGUUGCCAUGAAAGAGGCUGAGCAUCCAAGCCAGAACGAUGCUGCCAAGCACUAUUCAGCGCUUGAACUUGAUAAAGAUGAGAACGUCAUUGCAUCGAAGCAUUACUAUAAGCGGGCGUGA